AGUUGUUGGUGACUACAAAAACAAAAUGAAAUUCGUAUCUUUGCUUUGUAUUACGAUCUUCACCGUCCUUGUGAUCAUCAGCGCUGUGUUCGCUGCUCCGUCCAAGGAAUCAACAGAGGCCUCUACAGAGUUCAAGGGAUCGACAGAGGCCUCAAUAGAGUCCAAGGGAUCGACAGAUUCGCUCAAGGAAUCUCUAGAGAAGAAAUCAUGUCUAAAAGACUGUGGUCUUGAUUUUACACCGAAGGUGUUAGAACCUGUUUGUGGGGGAGACGGAACCGGAAUAGGAGACAAGACCUUCGGAAACGAAUGUGUUUUGAGUAACUUCAACUGCGUACAUUCAACCAAUCUGAAAGUGGUCAAUAAAUGGGUAUGUCCAGGUCCAGAUGGUUGGAUCAUCACCCUUAAUGUGAAAAAUAAUGAGACAAAUUCUGUUUAAUGAAUUCAUUUUUUACUAAGACGUUAUCCAAAAUAGAGUAAUUUACAAUGAAGAAACCUCAUCUCCGACAUUGCUGUCUAUGAUAACUAGUAAACAUAUACCUAUGUAUGUAAAACUUUUCACACUUUCAGUCUUCUAUGGUUAGUUCUGUAAAGCCGGAGAUACACAUGCCUGUUAUUAGCACACUGGCAUACCAGUACCUAGCAAGCACCAGCUACUGUCCCCAAACUGGCAAGUAUGUACGUUAGCUGGCAUGCUAGUUCCUGGAAUGCUUGCUAAUCGCAAAUAAUUUGAUUUUUCUUGCUAGUAGCGUGCUGUGAGAUAAAAGGGGCAUGCUUGUGAGUGUCACUGGCAUGUGUGAACCAGAGAUAUGUCAACAAUAGAUCAGGCCAGGGAUAUGCCACUCAAUGCAUCGGGGUGUAACGCCAAUAUCAAGUACAGUGGUGUACCUAUCUUUGUCUGUUGUGCGAGUGUGAGCGUAUUUACCAAGAGGUGGGAGUAAUGGAACGACAGUGACACAGAGGCGGCAGCCAUCGUAUGCUAGAGAGAGAAAGCUAAGCGCCGGUAGAGAGAGAUAAAUAGACUACCGACCCGAACUGCUCCGCGUUACGCUAUUUUUCGGACCUGCCCUAAUCUAUUGUGUUAUUAUAUCUAUGGUGUGAAAGUGCGCUACCGCUACGGGCAUGCCAGUCUGCCAGUAGCUAGCAGAGAAUUGUCAGAUUGGUUAUUUUGGAGAUAAAUAAAAUGUUUUAGUUUAAA